AAAACCAGCAGCCAGUGCUUGUGCGUGAAGUAAUUUGACGAUGUCAGACUGGUGUGAAACUUGAACACUAAGGAAGCUUGAAUGUAUGAGGUUGCCACUAUCAGUGUGUUUGAUAGUAUAGCCUUCAGAUCAGCCUUCAGUUUCCAUGUUUUACGAACCGACGGUUUACGCAGCGUAACAAGGUACUCAUCAAUGUAUAUAUGCUCAGAGCAUAGACGACUACUACGGGUCCCUGCCAGGGACCCGAUCUUGUUAGAUUCGGCCCCGCCGCCCAUGCGAGCCCCCAUCCUGCCUGCUGAAGCCCGGGCAGCGACACCAAAGUGGGACACACUUGGUGGACGUCGAUUACCUGCUGGCGGCCAGGAACUGGGAUUGCUGAUUUAACUGUUGCAACUACAGUUGCCCCGCGGCGGCGUGCGUAGAGACCUAGCAAGCUGCUGCAACUCCAAAUCUCCAGACAAUACCAUAGAUCAAGCAUAAGUGAAAGUAUUUGCUGCUACCAACUAGCUACGCCGAUGGUGUCAGCGGCGGGUUUUUUUGUCGCCCUACUGGCGCUUUCAUCAGUGCUACCAACUCAUUCUUCGCCGGUAUCAUUUGAGGGUUCUCUUAUUCAAAAUGGCUGUCCCGAGCCUCGAGCGAAAGAGCUCGUCGAAUACAAAGCCUUUCACGCAGCCAAGCGUUUGGCACCUGAUGCCAAGUACUUAGUUUUUUACUGCCCGCCACAAGGCUGUGCUGGCGUAGGUAAGCGACACCGCGGCAGUAUUUCAUCAAUCGUUUCUAAGUCAUGAUCCUUAUCUCCCUCCAUGGCGGGCAACUGCCCAUGGACGAACAAUGCCCCGCCCGUCGUGCGCACCAGGCAAUCGCAUUCGAGAUCGACUGGACCACACAGGGCCUGGACAUGAGCGUCAUCGACAAACCAAACGACAUUGACAUCAUGCACUUUUUUGAUACAGUGUACCGGGCCAACUCCACGGCUGGAGUGCACUUCAAUGCCACUAAGCUGGGAGUGCCAAACAUGGGGCCGCAACCCAUGCAUGAAGGUGCCUGCAUGUUCAACUUCCUGUUCAAGCCCAACGCCAUUGUGGAGCAGAGAGCAAACGCACACCUAAAUGGCAUCUACGGGAGGAAUGAUGUCGAAUACGUGGCCUGGCACUGGCGACAUGGUGACGCUGACGGCGGGAAGGAGCAGCCAGUGCUUUUGUCGAGAAUGGCACAGACCAUGCAGACCGCCCGGGAUCUGGCGAAUCAGGCCAGCAUCUCCUUGAACAACACGCCGCCCGUCUUGCUCAUUACAGGUGAUAAUAAGACGCAGCCUUCUCAUGCAUGCAGCCUGUCCAUCUAUCCUGCUGCACGCCGCAGCUUCUGAUGACGUGCUCGCCCCACCCAACGAACCCCGCAGACUUUAAUAUCAUGCGAGACAUGGUCAAGGAUGGCUUCUUCUCUGUUCUGGCAACACCGAACAUCACCGCCCGGCACAUUGAGGAAGGCAUUGCGCACGGGCAGCUACUAAACAACGCAACCCAGACGGUAGCCAAUGCGGAGCUUGAAAGUUACCGUGACAUCUUUAUUGACCUGUACCUGCUCAGCCGGGCUCGCUGCAUGAUUGUGUCGGGAUCCAGCUUCACCAACGCCGCAUUGUUCUGGGGAGGUCCACGUCUGCAAAGCUGCACCGCCGGUAUGUAUGGGCGUAGGCGAAUGCGCGCGGCUGUGCGUAGGGUGUAGGCGCGCGCUCUGAUGUGGUGAAUGUGGGGGCUGGCUCGAAGGAGGAACGAACGUAAGGUAGGGACAUACAAUUUGCGAUAGGUGUCAUCAUCAGAGUGAUGAGGGAAGUACUAGAACGGUCACCCGUGCAUGGCGGUAUGUAAGGGGGCGCGCGC